CCUCGCUCGAUCGCCAGCAACGACCUUAAUUAGUUUAAUGUUUGCACUGCUAGCUGCUAUCUCUUUUAAUUUCUGAAGAAAAAGGUUUGUUGAGUGUGCAAUCAAGCAGCAGGACGACGACGAUGUAUCACCCGCAGUGCGAGCUCCUGAUGGCGCACGAAGCCCAGGACCUGGACGCCGCCGGCCAGCCGCAUCACCUCGCCGUCUCCGGCGUCGCGGGCAGCAUCCCGGCAGAGCUGAGCUUCCACCUGCUCCACUCCCUCGACGCCACGGCGGCGGUCAACAAUUCUGUCACGCCGCAGUCCACCAUCGACUACUUCCUCGGCGUCGGCGGCGCUGACCCUCACCAGCCGGCGGCGCUGCAGUACGAGCCGCUGCCGCCCCCCGGCGGGCACCACCAGCACACCAUGAACAUGCUGCGCGACUACUGCAGCAACGGCGGCGGCGGCGGCCACUACCCCACCGCCGAGCCGUACCUCCGCGGGACGAGGACAGGCGCCCUCGUGUUCGGGGCCACCGACGACGACGAGUCGGCUGCUGCAUACAUGCCCGGCGGGCCCUUUGUUGAGACCUCCCCGCCGCCACGGGCCACCGGCGGCCGGAAGCGGGGUAGGGCGCUGGGCGGUGGUUUCCAUGCUGGGCUGGCCAACGGCGUCGAGAAGAAGGAGAAGCAGCGCCGGCAGCGGCUCACCGAGAAGUACACCGCCCUCAUGCACCUCAUACCCAACGUUACAAAGCCUGAUAGGGCGACGGUGAUCUCGGACGCGAUUGAGUACAUCCAGGAGCUGGGGAGGACGGUGGAGGAGCUGACGCUGCUGGUGGAGAAGAAGCGGCGCCGGAGGGAGCUGCAGGGGGACGUGGUGGACGCGGCGCCGACGGCUGUGGUGGUUGCGGCCGCGGCCACCGGUGGUGAGGCGGAGAGCUCGGAGGGCGAGGUGGCACCGCCGCCGCCGCCGCCGGCGGCCGUGCAGCGGCAGCCGAUCCGGAGCACGUACAUCCAGCGGCGGAGCAAGGACACGUCCGUGGACGUGCGGAUCGUGGAGGAAGACGUGAACAUCAAGCUCACCAAGCGCCGCCGCGAUGGGUGCCUCGCGGCCGCGUCGCGCGCGCUGGACGACCUCCGCCUUGACCUCGUCCACCUCUCCGGCGGCAAGAUCGGUGACUGCCACAUCUACAUGUUCAACACUAAGAUUCACAAGGGUUCUUCAGUGUUUGCGAGUGCAGUGGCCAGUAGACUGAUGGAAGUGGUGGAUGAGUACUAGGGCUACCACUUCAACUUCUAGCCCUACUAUAUACUGAUGAUGCCUGCCUGCUAGCUUCUACGUACUUCGUUGCUAGCUAUAGCGUUUCUUGGAUGCAAGACUAGUUUAGUUGUUACGUUCUAUCUUUGCUUCAAUUUAAUCUGCUUGAUUUAUGAUGGACAUUUAGAGACUGAGUUGUUCUAAAAUACCAAGGUUGUUUUGGUCAAAUUGAAUAAAUUGGCACAGUACGUACUGGCCUGUGAGAUUACUAUAUUUAUGUGUAUUAUCAUUUGCCUGUUUGUCGGUA